AUGCAAGAACUCACUGCCGAACUAAUGAAUCGUCAAAAGACGGGAAUCACCACUGCUUUACUGAACUCGCGUGCCAGCUUCCAGGACAACGAAUUGAAACAGCAUGUUUAUAAGAAAACACUACAGGCACUUAUAUAUCCUAUUUCAAACACGACGCCGCAUAAUUUUGAAGUUUACACUGCUCCUCGGCCUGUGUGCUGCGAGGAAUGCAGGGGGCUACUUUGGGGCCUCGCUCGUCAGGGAAUGCGUUGCAGCGAAUGCCGACUGAUCUGCCACGAAAAAUGCCAAGAUCUGAUCAACGCCGACUGCCUCCAGCGUGCGGCAGAACGAAGCUCGAAGAAAGAAAGCCUCGGAGAGCAGACUCAAAGAAUCAUUUCCGUGAUGAACAAGUCGAUGGAGAACCGCGUUGAAUCCUCCCCUGCCGUUUUCGACAUCCUACGGCAGGUGUUUGGAGUCAAUGACGAGGAUCAUGGGCGAGCGCUGAACGCGGCGCGGCAAAGUAUUUUGGAUGGAACAAGCCAGUGGCGUGCAAAGCUUUCGAUUAAAGUGCACGAAGCUCAAGGCUUGGCGCCUAAGGACAAGACCGGAACUUCUGAUCCAUACGUCUCCGUUCAAAUCGGAAACAGGAACCAAAAACGAACAAAGACAAUUCACAAAAAUUUGAAUCCAGUGUGGAACGAGCAGUUCCACUUUGACUGUUCCAACUCCACGGAUCGAAUUAAAGUGCGCGUUUGGGACGAGGACAAUGACAUCAAGUCCAAGGUCAAAUCGAAAUUGUUCAGAGAAAGUGAUGACUUUCUCGGACAGACUGUCAUUGAGGUGCGCACGCUCUCGGGAGAUAAUGAGCUCUGGUACAACCUUGAAAAGCGAUCGGAAAAGUCACUUGUAUCAGGAGCGAUCAAACUGACGAUCAACUGUGAAAUCAAGGGAGAAGAAAAAGUCGCACCCUACCAUCUCCAGUACAACGCUCUCCACGAAAGUUUAUUCAUAUUCAUCUGUUCGAAAAAUGAAGACAUCCCAAAACUACCCGAACCAGAAGGCAACGAGGUGAAACGCUUCUUCGAAUUGCCGGAAAACGAAAUUGUCUCUGAAUUCGCUGUGCGUUACGGAAUAGAACCCAUUUACGCCGAGAUGGUGCAUUUUAGCUGCUUGGCCACGAAGUAUAUGUUGCCUGGUGUUCCUUGGUACAUGACGAGGCUUUUAGAGAAAAUUAUCAAAUUUUAUACUUCUGAUUCGUUCACACAGAUAUCUCCCUGCAGGCGUUUCAACUCAUCCAACUUCGGUUCCUCCCGUUUCAAGAGCAUCCUGGAUCAAGUGCACAACUCUCUCCGCAUUGAUCUCUCUAGCUAUCGGGAGAACUUCCCUGCCUCAGACAAGCAACGGCUCCACGAUUUAAGCUCGAUCGUCGGCCUUCUCAAUCAAAUAUCCGUUUUCAAGACCGAAGUUCUUCAGCUCUCCAAUCAAGUGCCACCGAAAGAUGUCAUCGCUGAAUGCGUGCGAGCAAGCGUAGCAGGCAGCUACAAUUACAUCUUUUCUAAUUGUCACGAAUUGUUUUCCCGCGAGCUUGGGGAUGAAACUCCUUGGGAUCCUGUUGAACAAGGGCACACGAGUCUAAAAUCGUUGGAUUUUUGGACGAAGCUGAUCACUCUCUGCGGCUUCAUCAUCGAGGAGGACAAAACUGUUUAUUCGAACUCGAUGAAUGUUUUGGAAGGAUUUAGCAUUUUCGAAAUAUCGGCCAUCGAGCUUUGGAAAUUGUACAUUGACGAUCUCCGCCGGGCAAUGGACGAGCACGCUGAGCAGAAGCUCUGUUCGACGACCGAUUACAUGAACCUCCAGUUCAAGGUGAAAUGGUUGUUCAAAGAAUACGUCCUCAGUCUACCAGCAUACGGCGACAUGACGCCCGAAUAUCCGGCAUUAUUCCAGACGUUCACUUUGGACUGGCUCGAGGAAAACGAAACGAUUUCGAUGAAAUUCCUCACUGGCGCUUACGAGCGCGAUAAAAAGGAGAACUUUGCGACAAGUACUGAUAUGGCAUUGUUUUCAUGUUCGGUAGUGGAUAUCUUUACGCAGAUGAAUCAAUCAUUCGAGGUCAUUCGCAAGCUUGACUGUCCAAAUCCAGAAGUGCGCGGUUGUUACAUGCAGCGCUUUUCGAGGACGAUUGAUAAUGUCUUGAUGGAAUAUGUACGACUUAUCCAUGCUGAUUUCCGCGAAUACUGCUCGGACGAAGAAAAGGCAUGUAUCUUGAUGAACAACGUCCAGCAAAGUCGAGUGCAGCUAGAAAAGAUGUACGAAAUGAUGGGUGGCGAUUCGCUCGCCCCAUCUGCUCAAGAGAUUCUCAAAGACUUGCAAAACAAGCACAGUAACAAGCUCGACGAAUUGUCAGUUAUCUUCGGCGAGUCCUUCCUCGCUCGAAUAAACGAGGGCGUCAAGCAAAUGGGCGAAAUGCUUUACGAAGUUAAAGGUCCUGAAGCUCCCGCUACCGAUCCAGAUGUAAUGGUAGAGACGGAUAACAUUCUCUCCCCUGUGCUGUCGACUCUCGACGAUUCUUUCGAGCUAUUUUCGCAAUCGGCGGAGAAGACGGUCCUGAAAAGAGUGCUUAAAGCUUUAUGGAAGAUUUUGUUGAACACGAUUGAGAAACAGGUCGUUCUCCCAUCUACAUCUGGGAACAUGCUUCUCAACGCUGGUAAAAGUGCACUAGAGCUCGGGCGCAAGUUUGGAUCGAACCUGAAGAGCUCAGCUCUAUCUGGAACAUUGACUGGAAGCCUUUCGGGUGCUGCGAGCGUUGUACAAGGCGGUAUAUCUGGCGGAAUCGGAGCGACUGAGAAAACACUGACUCCUAGACACUGCGCGAUAAUGGAAUGUGCGAUUGAAAAUUUGAAGAUUUAUUUCCACUCUGACAACAUGGGCCUCAAGAAGGGCUUCUUGAGUAAAUCAAACGAUCUCAAAUCACUUCAAUAUGCGCUAUCUUUAUACACGCUCUCCACAGAUAACCUGAUCAAGAGAUUUAUCGAAACACAAAAAGACAUUCCAAAGGAGUUGGAGUCAUUUGGGGAAGUUAAUCUUCAAAUAGAUUUGCGUCAAAUUAAUCAGCAGAAGACGCUGAGUGUUACCGUCGUCUCCGCUCAGAAUCUCAAAUGGAAAGCCGCAUUUAAGCCUUAUAUCGAGCUCAACAUCAUGGGACCAGCAUUGAAGCCUUACAAGCGGGUCUUUACGACAAAAGCCAAGAAGAACCAAAAGAGUCCUAAAUUCAACGAAACUGCCAAUUUCACGCUCCCUUCCACGGAAGAAGCCGGCUCCUUCGAGCUCAAUAUCUCGUGCAAAGACUGGUGGGUGAUGGGUAUUGACAAGCUCGUUGGAUCAACUAGCAUCAAUCUCGGACCAGUCCUCAACAAAGGCUCUUGUGCUGUCUGGGCGACACUCGUCAAGCGGGAAAAGUUCGACGACACUGGCUGCACAAUUUUACGCAUUCUUUCUCAGCGUGCUACCGACGAGCUCGCUAAGGAAUUCGUCCGACUUAAGACCCAAGCUCGAGAUGAUAACAGCUGA